UCCCACACAACCAGCAGCUGGCUUUUAAAGCAAGUCUUUUAAUAAAAACACGUUAACUCAUUACUCUUCCAUUUAUGACAGCAGGAGUUCGGGACUGAGUAAGAGGAGCAGAAAUUUGCCCAGCAGAAGUUGCUCUGAAUCAGAGCUCUACAUCCACCAUGCUGCCCUGUGGACCAGCCCUGUCCUUCAUUCGGUGUCUGGUGCGGAAGAAGAACAUCGGUGGCGAGAGUCUUGAGGACACCAAGCUGUGCCGAUGCUUAUCAACACUGGACCUGAUAGCUCUGGGAGUAGGAAGUACCCUUGGUGCUGGUGUCUAUGUCCUAGCUGGAGAAGUAGCCAAAUCCGAUUCUGGACCCAGCAUCGUUGUUUCUUUCCUCAUUGCUGCCCUUGCCUCUGUGAUGGCAGGUCUCUGCUACGCCGAGUUUGGUGCUCGCGUUCCCAAGACUGGCUCUGCGUAUUUGUACACUUACGUUACAGUAGGUGAACUGUGGGCCUUUAUCACUGGCUGGAAUCUUGUUUUAUCCUAUAUUAUAGGUACAUCAAGUGUAGCAAGAGCCUGGAGUGGCACCUUUGAUGAACUUCUUGGAAAACGGAUUGGUCAUUUCUUCAGUGCCUACUUCAGGAUGAAUUACUCUGGGCUAGCAGAGUAUCCCGACUUCUUCGCUGUAUUCCUUAUAUUACUUCUAUCGGGUCUUUUAUCUUUUGGAGUAAAAGAAUCUGCAUGGGUGAAUAAAAUUUUCACUGCUAUUAACAUCUUGGUCCUACUCUUCGUUAUGAUUUCUGGUUUUGUGAAAGGUGAAGUUGACAACUGGAAGAUAAGUGAAGAAUAUCUCAGCAACUUUACUGCAGUAACAGAGAACCGCUCAUCCCAUGAAAAUGUGACAAGUAUGUAUGGGCAUGGUGGCUUUAUGCCAUACGGUUUCACAGGAACGUUGGCUGGUGCUGCAACCUGUUUUUAUGCUUUCGUUGGAUUUGACUGCAUUGCAACAACUGGAGAAGAGGUCAAGAAUCCUCAGAAAGCCAUACCCAUAGGAAUUGUGGUGUCCCUACUUGUCUGCUUCAUGGCUUAUUGUGGGGUUUCAGCUGCACUGACACUUAUGAUGCCAUACUAUCUGCUAGAUGAGAAAAGUCCUCUGCCAGUAGCAUUUGAAUAUGUUGGAUGGGGUCCUGCUAAAUACCUUGUAGCAGUGGGAUCCCUCUGUGCUUUGUCUACAAGUCUUCUUGGAUCCAUUUUCCCAAUACCACGUGUAAUCUAUGCUAUGGCGAAGGAUGGGUUGCUUUUCAAAUGUCUAGCUCAAAUCAAUUCCAAAACGAAGACCCCACUAGUUGCUACUCUAUCAUCUGGUGCAGUAGCAGCUGUAAUGGCAUUUCUGUUUGAUCUAAAGGCUUUAGUGGACAUGAUGUCUAUUGGCACACUUCUUGCUUAUUCACUUGUGGCAACCUGUGUCCUCAUCCUUAGGUACCAACCCACCUAUGAGGAACCAAAAUACUCUCCAGAAAAAGCAGCUUUGCCUGCAGCUGAAAGGGAAUCUGCAGUAAGUGAGUCACAGAUAAACAUGAUAGAAGAGAAACGCUUCAGUCUUCAGGCCUUGAUUAAUCCAUCCAGUUUACCAACUGAGCAGACUGCAAAUAUAGUAAACUUUUUAGUGGGUCUCUUAGCUUGCUUGAUUUGUGGCUUGAGUGUCCUCAUUACAUAUGGGAUUCAUUCCAUUGCUAACUUGGAGCCCUGGAGUAUUGGCGUUCUUGCUUUGUUGGUGAUAUCCUUCAUAGUUACCAUUCUCCUCAUUCAAAGGCAGCCUCAGAACCAGCAGAAAGUAGCCUUUAUGGUUCCACUAUUGCCAUUUUUGCCAUCAUUCAGUAUAUUGGUAAAUAUUUACUUGAUGGUACAAUUAAGUGGAGAGACUUGGAUGAGAUUUAGCCUCUGGAUGCUACUUGGCUUCCUCAUUUACUUUGCUUAUGGCAUGAGGCACAGUGUGGAAGGUCAUCGUGGUGAAGGAGAUGAUGAUUCCUGUUCAGAAAAUAGUGGGAUGCAAGAAAAGAACCCAGUGGAUGACCCUGAAAACACAAAUGAAAGGGAUCAAUUUCUUCCACAUGAAAGGACAAGUGAAUGUUAAAUUCUGCAAACAGACAAAUCUUUCAAACCUUCAAUUGGCAUUUUACUUGCAGACUGAAAUUUCAGAAACUUUCUGCCAACAUGUGCCUCUUGAAAGUGUUUACUACAAGGCCUAACAGAUAUUUGGGACAAGCUGCUAAUCCAUCGUCAUCAUUUCAGAACUGACAGCAUGGAGAUUAAUAUUUAAAUUCUUAAAAAAAGUACCCUUUGGCAAGCAAAAAUUUGGAGACAUUGUUUGAAGGGUCAUCCAAAAUCACUGGCAGUCAUCAGACAUGAAGAAUUUUAGAACUGUCUGCAAGAAGUUCUGAGUAUUUGACAAUGCACUGUGAAUAUAAGUGCCUUUCAUACCUUCUCCUUAUCUUUGUUACGUGUUUUGGUAAAGAUCUAAAUUAUCUUCUUUCUUUUGAAAUAACUCAUGGGAGACAAACUUCUUUCAUACAGGCCUAUAUGAAUGCAAAGGUAUUUGCAAAAUGAAUAGUAAUUGUAUGGAUUAGAUACUUUGUAAAAAUUUGAGGAGCAUUUAUUUAUGUAAAAUACGCUUAUCUUUACUAAUCAUGAUUAUUAAUCCGUAGUCAUGACAAACUCAAGCAGUGAAGCUACUUCAAAGGUUUUUAGUCCCUCUAAAUUGCAUUCAAGAUUUCUACUUAAAUGCAUGCCUUCUCUUGGAAGGAUGCCAUGUGUAUAGAAUAAUACUCACUCUUUUGUUUUCUGCAAAAUCAUCUGGGAAAUAAUCUGUUAGUUACAGUAUUGACAGGGGAAAUCAGACGUGAUUUAGCAAAUUUUGUGCUUUUGACUUCAGAAUUUCAUAAGACUAAAUAAUUUGGUACUUAUCUGCAGCAGUAAUUCAGUUUUUCUCCCUACUACUCAUUUUCUCCCCCUAUAUUUUCUCCUUUAUAUAUGUUCCAGAAGUGAUAUUGCAUUACACAAUGCUUCUCCUAAGAAAAAUUAAUAUACAAAAUCCCAGCUUUCUUUUCAGAUGGCAGGGGAGGUUAAAAAACCAGAGGUCUGGGCUUUGGAAAAAAAACUUAUCAAGAGUAUUUCAGUGCUUCAUUAAGUCUUAAAUGUAUGUUAGCACAGCACUUUUUUGUCAGCCAAGCCUACAUCCACAAAUCCAUUCAUGUGAGUAUGAUGUCUAAGUGCUAAUUUAGGUAAAGAACCAAAUUGAUGUGGCAGUGCUGGGUAAACAAUUAUUUUAAUGCUGGUAAAACCAGCAAAUGUUCUUCUUUCAACAUAAAUUAUGUUAUCUAUCAAAGGCACCCAGAUAUUUUCACACUUUUUCUUAGCAAAGAGUAGGUUCAAGUCCCAUGACAGAUUCCACAAUAUGAAAUCAUUUUGCAAUAAUAUAUUUACAAAAAAUCCUUCCCUAGAGUAAGAACUGUUUUGGACAUUGUCAUGGAGAGCUGCAAUCUGUUGCUGGUACUAACCGUUGGUAUUUGUUAGGUAAUACCUCUGUUGUUAAGUAUAAGAACUUUAGAUGCCAUGGGAUGCUAUUUUGGUUGACAGUGAAGAGCACCUUACUUGUUAUAAUAGCUGGAAUUUUAUGAAAAAAAAAUUAGUUAGGCUGCUUCUGUUUCCCUCCUUUUUCAGAGCAGUAAGUCACUCUUUAAUCUUAAAAUGACUUCUUUCCCAGUAGUCUGAAAUCCUCAGCUUCAAAAAAAGCCAUUGGUGUGGGAGCAAGUCAGCUGCGCCCAUGUGAAACUUUCACAUGACAUCUUUACAGUGAAACACAGCUCUUAAAAUUCCUUCCCCAUCUCAGCAUGUGGGAAGCACAGGCUUACUUUUUUGCUGUGGUUGUUGAUGCCACAGAGCAGGCCAGCCAGGCUCCCGAGACACAAACUGCUGCUGUUCUGUGAUGUCCAAGGAAGACUCCAUUCCCUCCCAAGGCCAUCAUACGGAAUGUACGUGUGCACACCUGUCUAUGCAUUUGCAUCUGUCUGAAAUGAGCCCACAGCAAAUUUGAUAUACUGAUUAAAAUAAUAUCUAUAUUGCACUGGACCUUUCCUUUGAAGGGAUACUGCCAAUAUAAUUAACUUCUGAUUCAAGCAAGUACUAGCUAAAGCCUCUGAAGAGAACUAAAGGAAGUAAAUUUUCUAGCUUAUUUAUCUGACAGACAUGUCAGCACUUUGUGUAUUGCCAGAUUCUCCUUUCACAUAUAUGAGUAUUUCUCCCCCCUUGUUAGCAAAAUUAAUUAUUUUAAAAUAAUAGGAUGUGCCUGUACAAGUGUUGCUAAGACAGAUGGGAGGAGCUGCAGCACCAGAACUAUCCACAUAACUAAUGAGAUAUAAAAUGAAAUAAAAAGAGUCAUUGGGUACUCUUAGUUGCUUCAACUACGCAAAGCUUAUUUAUAUGUGUGCACGGUCAUUAUUAGUCAGUGGCUGAGUGAAAACAGACAAGCCAGAAGUGAGAUAUUUAUGGUAUGUUUCAUGUGCAUUUGUAUAUGCAGUCUUAAAAUUCCAGAUGCUUUAGUGGGACUCUGCAGAAGCAAAGGACAUGUCAUGCUAGUCCUUACACAAGAGAGAUGGAUGCAAGAAAUCCUGAUUUUGUUCUCAUAUUUUUUGUAUCUCUGUACUUGCUGGAAGAUCAGCUGAAAGCACAAGUCCAUUGGAAUUAAAUAAUUCUUAUUUUUUAACACGGUUGUUGAUAUUGUACAUUGUUCUGUGCAAAUAAUAAUGGUUUGUAUUAAUACAAAAUAUUUCAUUUUUAAGAUAGCUUAUUGGGUUUUUAUUUCCUUUGUAAAAAAAAAUCUCAUAAACUUAAUUUUUGUUUCUAAAUAAUUUAUGUUAACUGAUCUUUCUGUGGUAUUCUAGUCCUAAUUUUGCAGCAGGAAGUUUUAUGAGGUAACUUAGAUUUCAUUGCCUAUUAUCAUGGAUAAAAAUAUUCUGUUAAUAACAGUAUGCUUUUUCUUGCACAACAAACGCUGGUCAGAUUCCUGACAUCUGUCAUACUGUGCUUAUGUUGCUAAGUGUUAAAGCCAUUUAUAUUACUUGCUGUUGGAGAACUAGCAGCAAUAAAUGUCAAUAGUAGUGAUACAGAAUUACUUAUGUAUAUAAAUAGGAUUUGACCUGUGUCAUCCAGAAACUUCAAAUGAUACAACGAAUUUAGAGGCAAAACUUGGUAAAGCUUAAAUAUAUGUUCUGUAUUUUAUUACAUGAUACGUGCACAAGUCUAUUCAUCUUUCCCCUAAAAUUUAUGCAAAGCCCCCCUAUAUUUAAGAAAUAUGAGGUAUAGAGUUUUUGUAGAAUUUUUAUUAAGUGCCAGUAUCAAUGUGCCCUAAGCAUCCUGAGGUGGUGACAGUGCAGGAAACCUGUGUGGGACUGAGCAAUUGGGUAUGAGGCCUUUGACACUGAGGCACAUUUUUUACAGUACGAAUUUAUUUCACAAGAAGGCUGGCAAGUCUUACUUGAGUGCAUAAAAAAGAAAAUUAAAGCACCUUUUUUUAAUGCUUUUGGGCCCUAAUUCUUCCUAGACAUGUUGGGAAGUCUGUAUGAAUUGCAGUAUGUUCACUGAAGGCACUGAAGUUACUCAGUGUUAAGCAAAUACAAAUUUUACAGAAAGAGAGGGUGGUAUUUCAUAUAGUACAGGAUCUUUGUGUUUGUUUUUAAUUUCCUGUACCCUUAGUAUUUCUUUCUGGUAUAUGUUUUGAGGACCUCUGCAUUUUUAAUAGUUGGACCUUUUCAAAGCUAAAUAUAAUGCCUUUACCAGGUGCUGAUCUAUUUUCCAUUUGAUCUUAGAAAUCAAACUCCUUAACAUGAGCUAAGUUGAAAGAUUUCUGUGCAUAGACAUGCAGACUUGCAUUACAAAGAACUGUAUGUGUAUAUAUAUAUUUUUAUUAUCAGCUGGACAAGUUCUGUUGUUUUUGUAUGUUUUCAUGAGCCUUGUGUGAGGUCAACUCCAGCUUCACCAAGUUUAGUUGGAGUCAGAAUAUGAGGAUUUGAAUAUUUAGGAGAGUUUUUUCUUUUGUGGUACUAGAAAGUAAAGCAUGAAAUAUGUGUUACAUAUCUUUAAAAACAAUUAUGUGUGCACCAUUUUAGAAAACGUUAGCAUUCAUAUCCAUCUUUUCUUUUUGUUCGUAUGUACAUUUUAGUGAUUAUUUCUGUAUUGUAUGCUGCUGAGCAUUCAAAGUGUAGAUAGGAUGAUUAUGAUGAAAUUUAAACUACAAAAUUGUAUUUCUUUGAAGUGCUCUACCAAAAUGAAGAGUCUUGAAUUUUUAUGAAUGUAAAAAUGCUUGUAUUUAAGAAUAUGGUGCUUUUUUCCCCACUUUACAACAGAAUUGUUAUCAGUGACAUUUUUAGUUACCUUAGUUCCAAAUUUUAAUGGAAAUUACAUUGCUCCUCAUUUACUGUAAAAUGUGCUUUGUGGGAUAACAGUAGUGCAUUUGUUCCAUAUUUUUAAAUAAAGUUGAAUAUCACUUGU